UACCAUACCACCUUGACAAUUAGAGAGAGGAGACUAGCGUGCUUGUAGGAAUCGGAUACUCCACAGCCACUUCCCCGGGAGUGCUCUCUUCAGUGAUGGUGACUCCGAUGAAGAUCAUCAACAUUAUCGGCGCCAUCGUCCUUUCUUUGCUGGCAGUUGUUUCGGCUGACGUGUUCUUCGAAGAGCGCUUUGAAGAUGGCUGGGAGAAAUGGUGGGUUAUCUCUGAUUGGAAGAAACACGAGAACAGGGCUGGCAAAUGGAACUACACUUCUGGAAGGUGGAGUGGAGACCCAGUCGAUAAAGGUAUUCAAACCAGUGAAGACAACAGGUUCUAUGCAAUAUCGGCCGAGUUCCCUGAAUUUAGUAACAAGGACAAGACUCUGGUGUUCCAGUUUUCUGUUAAGCAUGAGCAGAAGCUAGAUUGUGGUGGUGGCUACAUGAAGUUACUCAGUGGUAAAGUUGAUCAAAAGAAAUUUGGUGGUGGUACACCAUACAGUAUCAUGUUUGGACCUGAUAUAUGUGGGGAAAGCACCAAGAAAGUUCACGCCAUUGUUUCUUACAAUGGAUCGAAUUACUUCCUCAAGAAAGAUGUGCCUUGUGCAACUGACCGGCUGACUCAUGUUUAUACUUUCAUCCUCAAACCUGAUGCUACCUAUACCAUCCUAAUUGACAAUGUGGAGAAACGAUAUGGUAGUUUGUAUUCUGAUUGGAAGAUUCUUCCUCCAAAGAAGAUCAAAGAUCCUAAAGCCAAGAAACCUGAUGAUUGGGACGAUCAGGAGUAUAUUCCUGAUCCGGAAGACAAGAAACCAGAGGGCUAUGACGACAUUCCAGUGGAGAUACCUGAUACUGAUGCUAAGAAGCCUGAAGACUGGGAUGAUGAGGAGGAUGGUGAGUGGACACCUCCAAAAACUGUAAACCCCAAGUACAAGGGGCCAUGGAAGCAGAAGACCAUAAAGAAUCCAAACUACAUGGGGGAGUGGAAGGCUCCUAUGAUCGACAACCCAGAUUUCAAGGACGACCCAGAUAUCUAUGUCUACCACCAUUUGAGAUACGUGGGGAUUGAAUUAUGGCAGGUAAAAUCUGGGACCUUGUUUGAUAAUGUUUUGGUGUGUGACGAUCCUGAAUAUGCAAAGCAGCUUGCUGAAGAUACUUGGGGAAAGCACAAAGAUGCAGAGCAAAUUGCAUUUGAUGAGGCAGAGAAGAGGAGAGAAGAAGAGGAAUCAAUGAGUGAUGCAGUUGAUUCAGAUGAAGAUGAGGAUUUUGAUGAUGCAGAAGGUGAUGGGUAUGAUGAAGAGGCUAGUGAAGAGACAGACAGAGAUGGUUGGGCAGCAGAUGAUGCGCACGAUGAGCUGUAGAAAUCUGAAGAUCAAAGAACCUGAUGGAGUGCUUCUGGCAUCAAUUUGGUGAUGUUACAUGUUGACUACCAGUACAAUCAACACCUUCAUUGAAGCUUCUAAGAGUUGGUUCUUGUGUUCGACUCCCCAUAAACAAAAACAUAGAAGGUAUGUUGUGUCAAGACAUUUUUUUGACUUUGUAAACAAGCUUUUUUGAUCCUUGGCAACUUCAUCGACCGAUACUUUAUGGGUGGCUCAAUAUUUCUUUAUGAACCCCCAUCAAAUAUCGACUUUGAAACAUCAAAUCACACAUUCUUUUGGGGACAAG